AUGGGCAGCCAGGAUGAUAUAAUCGCCGACGACGAGAUCUCGAGCAGCACCUCACAGGUCGAUCCCGAGAAACACGAUGGCUACUAUGUUGAAACAGCUGUGGAUCUAACGACCAAGAUCAUUGCUGCUGAGGAUGACCCCGAUGAAGCUUCUUUCACCUUUCGUGUUGCUUUGCUCGGGUCAGGACUUUCCAUCUUUGGCUCUACGCUGCAAGAAAUCUUCUCCUUCAAACCGCAGAGCGUUGGGGUCUCGCUGGUGUUCUUGACCGUUAUCGCCUUUGUCUUGGGAGACUUCAUGGCUUUUGCCAUCCCGCGAUGGGGUUUUCUUCGCUACCUCAACCCUCACCCGUUCACCAAGAAAGAGCAUGCUUCCAUCGCCAUCAUGGCUUCUGCUGCUUCUGUAUCUGCUCUCGCUACGGAGUCCCUCGCUGUUCAAGAUCUCUUCUACGGUGGCUAUCCUUCCAAAGGCGCGGGAAUCUUCGUCGUCUUGUCUUCCCAGAUCAUAGGAUUCGGGGUCGCUGGCAUGAUGAGAGGCACCCAAGUUCAUCCUACCCGAAUGAUCUGGCCCGUGGCUUUACCCGUCAAUUCACUUUUAGAGACCAUGCACGGUAGCAAUGAUGGCACUAAGCGCAAGAUGCGUUUCUGGUACAUUGCCUUCUUGUCGAUGUUUUGCUGGGAAAUUGUACCACAGUGGAUCAUGCCUCUGAUGAUUGGCUUCUCGGUCUUCUGCCUCGCCAACAAUCACAGUAUUGUGUUCAGUAACAUCUUUGGCGGCGCAUCCGCCAAUGAAGGCCUCGGUAUUCUAUCCUUCUGUUUCGACUGGACCUAUAUUGCUGGUAAUGGAUCGCCGCUUUGGUACCCUCUCAAGACAACAGUUAACAUGGUACUGGGUAUUUCCAUAUGUUGGAUUGUCUUCCCAACCACCUACUACAGCAACCACUGGAAUGCACAGAAUUUUCCAUGGAUGGCCCAACAACUCUUCAACACGACUUCUUCAACGCCUACCAAAUUCACGACAUAUAACCAGAGUUUGAUCUUGAACGCCGACUUCACCGUCAACGAAGAAUUGCUCAACGCACAAGGGCCGCCGGCGUUGACAGCGACAUACUUGAUUUAUCUCAUCACUACCAAUGCAGGAUUCACCGCUGGUAUCGUGUACAUGCUCCUCUGGCACUACAGCGACCUUAAGGACGCAUGGGCCUUCGCUCAUCCCAGCAACAUUCGCAGACUCUUUUCCCGCAAGACACUAUCAUUCUGGAAGCGACAGGAGUCAUGCGAGGAUCGCGUGGCACGAGUCCAAGAAAACCCGGACAUAGAUCCUCACUACAAGCUCAUGGUUCGCAACGGAUACCAAGAGGUUCCUUCAUGGUGGUGGGCGGCCGUUUUGAUCACAGCAUGGGUCACCGGUAUCGCGUGCCUUUAUGCCAUGAAGUCCACUCUGCCGUGGUGGGGUUUCUUGCUCUCCACAAUUAUCCUGUGGAUCAUGUCCCUGUUCUUCAACUCCCUCGCGGGUCUGACCGGCUUUGGCUUCAACUUGACGCCGAUUUCUCAGAUGCUCGCGGGAUAUCUGUUCCCCCUUCAUCCCUUGGCGAACCUCUAUUUCACCACCUACGCCAGCCACGGCUGUAGCCAGGCCGGACUGUUAGCAAAGGACCUCCGUAUCGCCCAGUACGCCCACUUGCCUCCCAGACAUACAUUCUGGCUGCAGAUCUCAGGCUGUCUGAUCGGGUCCGCCAUGAAUUUUGUGAUGAUGACGACCAUUGUCCAGAACCAAUUCGACGUCCUGAGAUCCGUACAAGGCAACUCCAUCUGGUCGGGCCAGAGCGUGCAACAAUUCAACACGCUAGCUGUGUCGUGGUCCAUCGCUCCGAAAAUGUACAGCAUUGGCGCAAAAUACCAGUGGGUGACCAUCGCCUUCCUCCUGGGAUUCGUCGUUCCAGUUCCCUUCUACCUUGGAGCCAAAUACACCAAGAAGGGAUCUUUUCUCAACCGCGCGUUCGGCUACAUCAAUCCCUGCAUCAUCCUCUGGUAUGCGGGCAACCUUUUCGUGGGCAUCAAUUCUUCGCUCUGCAUGUUCUGGAUCAUAGCGUUCACCUUUCAAGGCUACGUUCGCAAGCGUCAUUCGAAGUGGUUCGUGGACUAUAACUAUCUUCUGUCCGCCGCGCUGGAUGGUGGUGCGCAGGUUAUGGUCUUCGUCUUGACCUUUGCUGUUGCGGGAGGCUCUGGCACAGCCCGUCCGUUCCCUACCUGGUGGGGCAAUCCUGACAGUUCGGUGCUCAACUCUGAUCGUUGCAUGGUCAAUCCUGCCAAUAGAGGUUGA